CGUCAAGAAUGCAGAUUUUACUGAUGAGUUAUUUGUUCUCUUGUCUCAUCUCUUUCCAACAUCCACUCAUGACAUUCUCGUUGGUGCAGGAGCCUCCAAGUCGGCGGGAGAUAUGGAAACAUCAGAGCUUGAUGAGUCGUUUGGGGCCCAACUGGUAGGCCGACUGAAGACAGUUGCCAUUCCUCGAGUCGAUCAUGAUGGGCUCGAUGAUUCAGAGCCAUAUCUGACCCAUCUGAGGGUGUGGAGUUCAUCAUCAGCACUAGCACCAUUGCCGGUCGACAGUGAUCUCUCGGUAAAAUCGAGACCCGUCUUUAUGCCGAGAUCAGGAGAGGAAAAUGAACAGUGGAACAAUGAAAAAGUUAAGAGUGCAGUGAGUAAACUGGAGAAAAAAGAAGAUUUUUCCAAUUUUGAGCAGGCUCCCAGCUACCAAGUCAAGGGGACAUCACUCACCUCGAUGGACGUCGCAUCAGCAGCUCUCCAAGCAUCAACAGUGAACCGCGGUGGCUUUGAUCUGCGGAAGGGAGAUGACCUUCUCGGCUAUCAGACCUCGCAAACAGAGCGGCCACAUCCGCAGAGAGAUGGGAUGAUUUGUAGGGAAGAUGACACCAAAAUAAUCGGUCUUACGCCCGGCUCGCUGAUCGAUGUGGAGACGCUGAGAUCAAAGCAACACUCGCUCGAGACCAGCCCUUCAGAGCGUUUCGGAGGACAAAAUGUGCUUCCUACGAAGUGGCGGAGGACUCAGUUGCACCAGCCCGACUCUCAACUCGAUCCAAGCAUCGUCCAUUCUGGGCAAGCCGAUCUCUCCCAGUCUGGCCCAGUAGUGAGUGGAGAUUUCGAUUAUCCUCCCGCUUCCCUGAUGUCCGGCCAAAGUCAAGAGCCCCAUUCGACUGUCUUUCGGGUGGACAGACUAAAACCGCAGCGGCAACACAUUUUCUCCUCUUCCUCCUUAGCCGCCCUCCAGUCAUCUCCUUCGCCUACAUCUGCCUCUUCUUCUUCCUCCUCAUCUUCCUCCAUCUCGUAUCUUGCUUCCACUUUUCCCUCUUCUAAGCCCUGUCCAUACUUUUGGACCAACCGCCAUUUGGAAGAUUCCUCUUUUCCUGUCAACGAAUUGUUCCAAAGUACUUUGAACUAUCCCGAGUCCAAUCAACCACCAUCACAUCUGCUGCAGCCUCAAUCGACUCCAGCAGCAGCAGUGGCAACGGUGUCACAGCCGGGGUCGUCGGCUCGGCAUCAUUCCGGAGAGAUGAGGAUGGCCGGCAAUCUGCAGUCGGUGAAGUUGUUGAAACGAGAUCAACUCGCGGAGGAGACUGGUUGCCCAGGCCUGGUGAUGACUGGCAGGAGUCCUAGGGUACCCUUUUCACGACAUCAGGUGGCACUGCUGGAAAGCAAGUUUCAAGCUACGCAUUAUCUCAGCAGCUUUGAAGUUGUACAACUGGCACGACAACUGGAUCUCACCGAAACUAGGGUUAGUUUUUACAUAAAGGGGUGA